AUGAUAUUGAAACCGGCGCGCGUGACAGUGGUCAAUCAUCCUCGGCUGGCCCGUCAGAUAUCGAAACCAACUCACUCCAAACAUCAUCAUCCUAAUUGCCCCAAUUGCCCUUCUCCGUCACUUGGCAACACCUCUACUCCCUCGCUUGCUGGUCGCGUCCUCCUCAGCAUCUCUUAUUCAUCAGUGUAAAUACAAUCUCUAAA